GAAAGAGAACAAGACCAAAAACAGUUGUACUACUAGACUAGUACUCACACUUCUCUGGAGAGAUCGAUCGAGAGAGAGCGAGAAAAUGGGAGAGAGAGAUAUAGAUGACCUACCAAAAAACAAUGCAAACUACACAGCUUUAACACCGCUAGGGUUUCUCGAAAGAGCUGCUUUGGUUCAUCCUAACCGCACGUCAAUUGUUCAUGGCUCCCUUUCUUACACCUGGCUCCAAACUUACCAACGUUGUCGACGCUUGGCUUCUGCUCUCGCCAAACGCUCCAUCUCCUCCGGCAGCACGGUAGCAAUUAUUGCACCAAACACCCCUGCCCUGUAUGAAGCUCAUUUUGGAAUUCCAAUGGCUGGUGCUGUCGUCAACACUGUUAAUGUUCGUCUAAAUGCUGGAACUAUUUCUUUCCUUCUAGAGCAUUCACGUUCUGCAGUUGUGAUGGUGGACCAAGAGUUCUUUAAAUUGGCAGAGGAAGCUUUAAAACUUUUGGCAGACAAGGCCAAGAGCAACUUUAAGCCCCCAAUUCUGAUUGUUAUUGCAGAUGAAGACUGUGAUCAAAAGUCACUUCAGUAUGCGUUAGAUAGAGGAGCAGUUGAAUAUGAGAAAUUCCUUGAGACCGGUGAUCCAGAGUUCUCAUGGAAACCACCACAGGAUGAGUGGAAGACUAUUGCUCUGGGUUAUACUUCUGGUACAACAGCUAGCCCCAAGGGAGUGGUGUUGCAUCAUAGAGGAGCGUAUCUCAUGGCAUUGAGUAAUGUAGUGAUAUGGAAAAUGACUGAAGGAGUCGUGUAUCUAUGGACAUUACCCAUGUUUCAUUGCAAUGGUUGGUGUUUUCCGUGGACGCUGGCUGCUCUGUGCGGGACAAGCAUAUGCCUUCGGCAGGUGACAGCAAAGGGUGUUUAUUCCGCCAUUGCCAACAAUGGUGUAACUCAUUUCUGUGCUGCACCUGUGGUGCUCAACACUCUUGUAAAUGCCCCACAAAACGAGAAAGUUGUUCCCCUCCCUCGAGUUGUGCAUGUAAUGACAGCAGGGGCUGCUCCACCAACCUCUGUUCUACAAGGUAUGGCCCAACAUGGAUUUCGUGUCACACACACUUAUGGCUUAUCUGAAACCUAUGGUCCAUCAACGGUAAAUGCAUGGAAACCUGAGUGGGACAAACUAUCCCUGGAAGAGCAAGCUAAACGGAAUUCGAGGCAAGGAGUACGGUAUGUUGGCUUAGAGGGUUUAGACGUUGUCAACACUAAAGACAUGAAACCUGUCCCAGCAGACGGAACCACUGUAGGGGAGAUUGUAUUUCGGGGUAAUGUUGUCAUGAAAGGGUACCUAAAGAACCCUAAAGCCAAUGCGGAGGCUUUUGCAAACGGCUGGUAUCAUUCAGGGGAUCUUGCUGUGAAACAUCCAGACGGGUAUAUCGAAAUUAAAGACAGAUCAAAAGACAUAAUCAUUUCUGGAGGAGAGAAUAUCAGUAGUGUGGAGGUUGAAAAUGUUCUAUACAAACAUCCAGCAGUUAUGGAGGCAUCAGUGGUAGCUAGGCCAGACGAACAAUGGGGAGAAUCUCCAUGUGCAUUUAUCACUUUAAAGCCCGGAGUCAAUCAAUCUGAUGAACACAAGAUAAGUGAAGAUGUAAUGAAAUUCUGCCGGUCCAAUAUGCCUGCAUAUUGGGUGCCAAAAUCAGUAGUGUUUGGCCCAUUACCGAAGACUGCUACUGGGAAAGUACAGAAGCAUGUCCUGCGAGCAAAGGCAAAGGAGAUGGGACCGGUGAGGAAGAGUAGGUUAUAACCUGCAGAAAUGAUACACGAAUAACCGGAAUGCAAUGGCCAGGCUUUCUUCCUAUGUUUCUUGUGUAUUUAGUAUUUAUCGUACACACAUCAGAAAUUAUGGACAAUCCAGGUGUACUUUACUGGAGUUGUAAUAAAUCAUGAAUCAUUGCUACAAAGUUGGACUGUUUUAUUUAUUAGUAUAAGCUGGUAUGAUUUGAUGAUUAUAUUUUGGUACAA